AAACUGAACUCGCCUCCAUCGGCUUUCACUCAGCAACCCAGCGAGUCCACGCCGCUUUCUUCCCCUUGCAAUCCAGCUUUAAAACGGCAUGGCGUACCCACCCCCCGGUCACCAGGUGGUGAUGGUCAACCACCAGGGUCCAGGCCAUUGGAGCACUGACCUCUGCGACUGCUGCUCCGAGAUGGGCACCUGUUGCUGUGGGUUGUGGUGCUUCCCCUGCUUGCAGUGCGAGACUGCCAGUAAGUACGGCUGGUGCUGCCUCAUGCCCUGUCUGGACUUCUGUGGCGUGGUGUCCUGCAUACUCCGCGGCAACAUCAGAGAGCGUCACAACAUUCCUGGCUCAGGGUGCGAUGACUGCUGCAAGGUGAUGUGGUGCUACCCCUGCGUUUGGUGCCAGAUGAAUCGCGAGCUGAAGAUCCGCGCCCGCAAUCCAUCAAGCACCACCGUGAUCACCACUCAGGUCGGCAGGAUGUAGCCUGCAGACGUGGAGGUGGCUUCACAAGGUUCAUACAUUACAUAUUUUGUCAUUUCACCAUUAUUCAGAGUUACUGAUUAGAGUUUGACUUGAUGCAAAGAGAAACAUUUCUGUUCAGCUGUGUGUUAGUGUGAAUCCAUUUGUAACUUUGCUUUGUUUUGUCACAUUAAAAGUUUGAUAUUUUUCUGUUCUUUGUUCCUUAAUAAAAUACUUCCUUCAAGUAUCAAGAACAA